AUGCAAAAACACCAGAGCAACAGAUGGCACGCGGAGGUCGAGGAACUUAAGAGCGUUUCACGUGACAGUAGCUCCGGUAAUCAGGCCGGUCAUGGCAAUCGAUCGUCUCGCCGAGGCGGAUCUGUCAGGGGGGAGAUUGAACCCGGCUCGAACGAGCUCACACCUGGCAGACGGUCUGGCGGUGGCGGCGGCAUCGGAGGCGGAGGCGGCGGUGGCGUCUUGGGGGUUGGCGCCGGCGGCGGCAGCGGCGGGGGUGGCUCGGGAGGCCGCAGCUCCUCCGGCGGUCGUUCGAGGGACGAGCCGAGGAGGCACACUCUCGGCGGCGAUCAUCAACCCUCCCUUCAUCAUCAGCAAUUCAACGCGGCGCAGCAGCUGCACCCCCUUCAUCCGCAUCAUCUGCCGCCACCACACGGCCAGUACGGCAACCCGCCCUCACGGCACACCACCAUGGAUCUCGAGAUGGGGACCAAGUCUCGCCAGAGAAAGUCGCCUCUUCCGCGUGGCUACCCACCCCCGUCUUCGACGAUGCUUUUCGAUGACGACCCGGGCAUCAUGUCCGAGGUGGAGACCUCCAGCACGGGAUUUCGUCGAGGGGGCAAGCAAAGAAGCAGCCUGCCCGUCGUACGAACGCCCAGCAAAACUUUGGAGCGACCACUAGGAUUGGUGUUCCUGCAGUACAGGAACGAGACGAAGAGAGCAUUGCUACCGAACGAGAUCACCAGUAUAGACACCGUCAAGGCUCUUUUCGUCAGAAGCUUUCCGAAACAACUCACUAUGGAAUACCUGGAUAGUCCUCAUGUAAAAGUUUACAUACAUGACAGCAACAAGGACAUGUUCUAUGAACUCGAAGAUCUAAGAUCGCACCUGAGAGAUAUCAGGGAUCGCAGCGUCUUGAGACUUUUCGAGAGUGCCGACGGAGUGACGGGGAUGCCGGGGCCCUUGGGGGUGCCGGGAGGCGGUGGCGGUCUGCCUCCCCAUUGGGAAGAUCAGAGCUACUUCAGCGAGCCGGAAUUCGACAGCGAAUAUCAGCAUCAGCACAUUCACAAGAGCAAGACGGCCAAGAACUCAACGUCCGGCAGCGGAUACUACGUGGGCGGAAGCAGCACUCUGCCGCGCGGUGGGUCCCUUCUAAGGGCGUACAGCCCGGCGGCGUCGAGCGUCGUCGGGGGUCCAAGUGCGACCCCGACGCAGCCCAAGACUCUCACCACACCAGAUGGUUGGAUAGGUGUUGGCGGGGUGCCGCCGGCCAAGCCGCUUCGCAGCUACCAGUGUGGUAAGAGUCCCCUUGGAAGCCUCGGGGGCUCGGCGCGCUUCUCUAGAGACAGCUCGGUCUCCCUCUAUAGUAUACCAGAUCGGUUACACGGAGAGAGCGGAUACAUGAGCAGCCCCGAGCGCGGCGGCGGCGUUGGUUCCGGAAGCGGAAGAUAUCCACCCGGACCUUACAGCGCCGGCAGCAGCUACGAGGAUCCGUAUUAUUCGCAGUACUCGGGGACUGUGACACCCGUUAUCGACGAAGAAGCCAGUGGGUGGUGCAGCGAUACGGAGCUGUUGGAGGAAUCGUACAGCCUUUACGGCGUGAAACCACCGGGGCGUCCGCCGUCUGGUCCCCCGCGAUCCCCGUUUCCUCCGGGGGCGCCACCCCCCCUGCCACCCGGCGGACAGGCCUACGACGCUACUCGGAUAAGGGUGGAGCACAUGGAAAGACAACUGGCCAAUCUGACCGGGCUCGUGCAGAAAGCACUGACACACGCGCCGCACACCAGUCCUUCGCCGCGAGAGUACUUGCAGGUCCCACCGGGACGUGAUCCUUACGCGAGAGCAGCAGGCGCCGGGGACGAGUUCGACAAACACUCUAGCUCCAGCUCUGCCUCACUGCCAGUGUCUCAACCUGCCGUUACAGAUGACUCGUACUUAAGGACUGACGUUAAACCGCCAAAAUUAGGCAAAGACAAGUCGGUGUCGUUUGAAAAGUCAGUGUCCUUCAGUGACGAGCCACCAGACAUGAACUCUCCCAAACAACAUUCCCCGCAACAUGCAGCGGACACAAAACCUACGAAACCGGCAAUCAAAUCCUCCACGUUGCCGAGGAUGUCGUCGCAAGAGAGAGACAGGCACAAGCCGACACCACCGCCGAAACCGGCCGCGUUGGUGGCCGGUCAGUACGUGUACAGGGACCUGGCGCUCACGCCGGAGAUGUACAACCAGCUGAGGGGUUUGCAGAAGAAGGCGAAGGACCUCAGGCAAGAAGUGAGAAAUUUGAGGCGCAUGUCGCAGGCCCAGGCCCACACGGUGCGCGAGACCAUUAAGGACACAUUCAUCACGAUUAGGGCCAUGCUACUAUCGGGAGGGGACGCAGCUUGGACGGCCGGGGACACGGAGAAGAUUCGACUGAGCCGCGAGGAAGAUCUCUACAAGCAAGAAAUGAUAAGGCUGGAAAAAGAUCUCACCGAGCUCGAGAGCACCGUGGAGGAGCUUCGCGGUAACGUGAUCAAUAGAAAGACGCGUGUCAAUAUGUCGGAUGUGGAGAACAUGGCUUUGAUAUUGAGUAAAUCCAGCAAAACUGUGGCCGAUCUGAAAGUACGGUUCCCGAGUUUGCAAGAGGGUAUGAAGGGCCUGCUGAGCUCCGAGAUGGAAAAAGUGGUGCGCGAGGAGAAGUUCCUGAAGGAAGAACCCGAACGACUGGAGUCCGCGUUGAGGCGUUGCAAGAAACUCACCGGCACCCUCGUGACGCUCAAACGCUUGGCGUCGGUGCAAGAGCAGCGAUUACCAAACGCAGCAAGCGUAGACGCCGAGGACACGCCGCCUAUAACACCGACGACGGCACAGCAUUCUAAGGCAGCUACCCCUGUGCCAGCGGAACGCACUGUCGUGGGGUCAGCGAGCGUCCUCGGGGGAGGGGGCCACCCUCACGAGUCAUCCGCCGACCAUCAGCAGCGUCCGGAGAACGCACUCGACGCUCUGCUAGACGAGCUGCAAACCUUCUCCCGACCAGGAUCGCAGAUGGGCCACGUGUCGGGCGGCCUGUCGGUGCAUCCGGGCUCGAACACCCUCCUGGCCGACAUCGGCCGCGCAUCCAGCCUCCGAGAGUCAACGAGCGUCGCGACGAUCACCGGCAGCGGCGGACGCGCGCCCAACAUCAGCGAUAUCGGUCGAAAGGGCAGCGUGGACUCCUCCAGCGGUAUCCUGACCGCGCCCCCCACCGUCGGCCUGAUGGGCCUGCCCGGGAUGGCGCCGGGCGGCACCCUGCGUCGCUUGCACUCGUACCCCUCGAGCUCGGACACCGACACCUCGCCGCCCAUCGCUAGGCUGCAGGCGCUGUCGCUGGAUCAACAGGUGCAGCAGCAAUCCCAGCCGGGGAUGCCGGUGCUGCCGCAGAGCUUUCUGCCCGGUCAGAAGCCGCCGGUACCGGAACGGAACGCCGAGCUGCUGCAGCUGGCGAGCACCAGGAGGGUACCGCCGCCACCGCCGCCGCGCACCAGCUCCCGGUCGCCCCUGGCGAGCCCUACCAGCCCGCAGUUGCCGCCCAGGAAUCAUCCGUGUAAUCUGCAAAGCGGCAACGCAACCUUACGCCGACCUUCGCGCAACAACAGUCUCGUUGGCAAGGAGGGGAAGCCGCCGAUGGCCCUACCGUCGAACGCCAUCCUAUCCACCGUGGACCAGGUCGCCGGAUCCACGUUGGCGCCGACCGCGCCGGGCGUCGCCCCGCCGCACAACUCGUCGUCCUCGCAAUCCUCCGCGGUGCUGUCGACCAGCAACUCCAGCUCCUGCGAAAGCGUCAACUCGCAGGAGGGGCUGCAGAGUAAACGCGGCCGGCAGGAACAGCUGGAGCAACGGCAUCAGGAGCUACUCAGGAAGCAGAAGGCCCUGCAGGAGCAGUACGCCAGGCUGCAGCAGCUGCAGAGGAACGCGGCCGGUCUCACCACCGUGCCGCCGGCACCACCCGAUCUUUUGAAGAAGACCGGCUCCGAGAGCAACCUCCUGGCGAAGAUGGGCCUCGGCUUGAGCGCGGCAAGUUCCGGGUCCCUCACCAGCCUCAGCAUCAAGCCCCAGGUUUCGCAAGAGGCCGCGGUUGACGGUGGUAACCAGAUAGCCAAGGUCGAGAUCAUCAACGGGCAAGCGAUUCCGACCGCCGCGGCGGCGACGACCAACGGCCAGGUCCCCGGUACCACGUCCACGACGGUGGUAUCGGGUACGACGACCACCGGCUCGGCCACUAUCGUCACCACCACGUCCACCACGACCACCAGCAAGGUCUACGAGACGGACAUUCUGUGACCGAGAAGCCGCUCGCUGAUCGGCUGCUCGACCGUCAAGGUCGCCACUGAAAUCGCGCUGGCGAGUUAACACGGCGGCCGGCGGGAUCGCGAGGCUUCUACCGCGUGGUCCAUGGUCCUCGGACGACAAUCCCCGGGCAGGUUGUCCGUCAAGUGAGACGAGCAAGAAGAGGAGAAUGAAAUACGGAAACGGACAGUUGAAAAGAAACGGUCGCGGAAGAUUCGGGUUCGAGUUCGACAACAAGGAAUUGCUAGUAUUAAGAAGACCAAAUUGGCUUACAGACAGGAAGGAACGCGAACCGAAGAGAAUAGGAAGAACAGAAGCUGAAGGAAGACCGCUUCCAACAUCCUGAACGACGAAGGAACCGCCGUACGCGGGCGUUUGGAACGUCUCUUGGAAAGUAGGGUACAGCGUAGGGAUUCGGCGCAAGAGGCGCGCGUAAAAAUAGCGCGCCAAUCGCUAUAUGAUUAAUAUAGUAUUAAUGAUUGAAAUAAAGAAAAAAUCGCGCGGCGCGAGGAAACUUUCGGAUACGCGGACGCGCGACGUCGACGUCCGAACUGGAAAAAGGAGAAAAAGAAGGAAAUAAGAAAAUAGCGACGCGAAUCUCGCAUCACGUAACAUAUUCAAGGCGGGCAGGCGGGUCACACCCCCCCGGUUUCUCGCGUCUUGCUCUCGGUCUCUCGAUCUCUAUACUCCCCCUUCGGAAAUGUGCCGAGUUCUCAAAGUCGACCCUGGCUCAUUACACGUCCGCGCGUCCGUACCCCUCGCAACGUCUGUGUGCCAAAUAAUACGUGAACGAAAAGAAGAAACCACGGUACUCGCGUACAUUUUUUUCUAAGGCAAUUAUACACACCCGUAAUUAUAUCCGGCUAUUCGUUCUUUCUUCAUCGUAGUAGGGCGAGCGUAAGGUUCUACGUAGGUGAAUCAUCGUAUAUAAAUAUUAUACAUAUAUACAUACGUAUUAUAUAUAUAAAUAUAUACAUACACGCUACGCAUGUACGCGCGGGCGGGCAGGAGAUUUAUAUAAAUAUAUAUACACGUAAGUGGAGAUAGGUAGGUAGAGAGAGCUAAGUAUAUAUAAUAUAUAAAAUUGUAUAUUUCAUAUAUGCGAAAUAUACCGCAAUCGUACGCAUAUACCACGCUCGUGUGCGUCGUUAACGCCGCGGACGAGGCUGCGGAACGAUCGUUUUUCUUUUUUUUCGGACGACGGCGAAAUGGCACGUACAGAAAACGCGUUUUGUACACGAUGACGACGGUCCUAAUGUGCGCAGACGUGACUUUUAUCAGAAAAAGCUUUAGAACAAUUGUUACCGUACGUGUAUAAAAUAUACACACAUCCAGCCGCAUUUACGUGAAUGCGUAGCGAUAGGCGAUCUCGACGCGAUUACUCUCAUUACCGAUAAGGGAUUUACGGGUGGCACUGCGAGAAAUACACGAUCUAUUCGGGGAGUACGAAAAAGUAAGUACGAAAGGGCACGGUACGAGAUGGUCGUCAAAAGAAGCCGGGAAGGACCCGGAAAGCUGCAAUAGGAUGCAAACGCGAGGAGCAACCCCUUGGGUCCAUCUGAUGCAUUAGCGAUAAGAUCGUGCGCUGAAUCAUUCGGGGUCGUUAAAAAAUCAGGUGGCGUAGAAUAUUCCUAUAUUGUGAGGGUAAAUGUCUCAUCUCCAGUUGCGUGGUUGAGUUGUACCGACAGUUCGAAUCAAUUGACUCGUCAUCUCUCUUCGAAUUACAACUUUUCUACUUUCAUUUCGACAUGCAGGACCAUUACUUAGUUAAAAAAUUAUUAGAAUUUAAUAGACACUCCUCUAGGAAUAGAAGCAGAUAAAAGAAGAAAGAGAAUCUGCAAUUUUUAUAGAUACUUUAGGCAGGACUUCACAUUUACUUUUCGGACUCUGUCAAAUAAAAAUAUUUAUUUGAAAAAUCCAUUUCUUUCUGAAUUCUAAUGUUUACGGAGAGAGAGAGAAUUAAUUGAUCCGAAAUUGGCGCUAAUUUAAUGUCGGUGUAACUAGACUCUGGUCCGGAACACAAUAGUGGCCGAUAACGAUCGAGAGACACGGCAAGACGCGCGAAAGACCUGUCGGCGAACCUUUUUCGGCGGCCAAAGGUGUACGUUAGGAAGGAUAUUGCUCAAUAAUUGCCAACCCGAACGCAACACAGCUCCGCUACAUAUGUACAUCUCGCAAUUAACGCCGCGCAACGUGCAUCCCGCGUCGGAUUAUUUGGACGAUCGCAAUCAUUAGCUAAUUAUCACCGUGCGCCCCACCGUCACAGGAUGACGAUCGUCGAGUCAUCGCGCUUCAUCGUCUCUCCAUUGUCGCGAUUGUCAUAGGAUUUUGAGAUCGUUUUGCGAUCAAGGUGACGGAUCGGCGUUUCGCGGAUCGAUAGCAAACUAUUGUCAUUGAUAUUCGCUAACAAUUGAGUUUUUAACGCGAUCGGACCGGCGAAAGAAGGGCCAGUUAAAGAAACUCGUGCACAAAUGCAACUAGAAUCUUAAAAAAAACUGACGUCGAUGCGAAUUUGAUGCGAAGCCGCGAAGGUUUUAUGCGCCACCUUGAUCGCUUCUCGAGUGCGAUCGCCGGUUUUGCGCUAUUUUAUCGCAGUUUAUACCGUACGAGCUCGUCGUCGCGCUUCCCGGACAACGCAAAUGUCUGAAUUUCCCCCGGGAUCCAAGCGAUGAGAGCGAAGCGUCGCUCUCGUCUCAGGAAGACUCCCAGAGGUCCUUCGGAUUCUGUUCGCGUUGUUUGGACCAUCGGCGCCCGACGCAGUCGCAUACCUUGCUUCGAGAAGGGCCUAACAGCUGACACAUUCGCAUAUAUACGUAUUUAUUUAUUUUAUACGCUUCUAUACCCCUUCCGUUAGCCUGGUCUGCGUUCGCAGACCGAUUCGACGAGGCUUUCGUAUCAACCCUCGGAUGCGUUUGCGGACUCCACUUCGAUGGAUGGACGAGAUCGCCAAGAGACCGCCGCGGAGAACACAUUGUAUUUCUUCUCUCACAUCCAGCGAAUCGUAUCUUCGAAGCGAACGGCACAUUGCCGAUUGCCGAUCGAAAAGUUGCAUAAUAAAAUUCGCCAAUCAACAGUGGCAAAAUCGACGACGAGAAUCGAUGUUCUAUAUUUGACUGUUUUCUAAUUCGUAGAUUAAAUAUUCCUUUCGUUAAGUUAGCUAGUUGAUAGUUUAGUAAGUAAUUAGAGAAUUAUUGGAAAUUGUUAUUAGGAUUAUUAGGAGAAUGGAUUAUGUGCGUGGCUACGACAUAAGAUCGCGAAUUGAUAAUUGCGUCGAUAUAUAUUAUAUACGCGCUCGCGCCUUACUUUAGGAAAGCGGGAUACUGGCUAGAAUUGCGAUACUGGCGUGUCUCGCGAUCGGAAGCUCGUUAAUCUUAUGAUUUGCUGGUAAGCAAUAUUCGCGUAAUAAGCGACGUGAAUGUCCAUUGUCACGAUCGAUUAAUAUUUAUAUUGCGAAAACAGAAACGAGAGAGGGCCGACACUGCGCGCAGCCGUUCGUCGCAGCCCGAGCGCGCGGUCGAGUCGCGUCCGGGGGUUGAAAACGCGCGGCGAAAAAGCAUAUACCUUAUUUAUUUUCCGCUGUCACACAUACACAACACAUACACGCAAUCCGGAGCACGUCUUUAUAGGGAAAUAAUAAUUACCUACGCAGUAAGAGUAUACUAAGGAUAAGGCGAAUGAUAAUGAUUGAUAACGAACAUUACGAUUUGCGAGUGCUUAUCAAGUAUUAUAAUGAUAACGACGCGAUAAAACGCCCCUCCCCCCCGCCCCAGCGGGGGAAGGUUUGGAGAUAGAAGGAAAAAAAAAGAAAAUAUUAAAAAAGCGAAAAUCUCUCGUUCUUCGUUCCGUUUGAUUUUUUUUUCCCACGCAAACGGUCGGGUUUGUACGAUAACAUCGUUCCACGAUUGUAGGGUACUUACAGCCUGUCGCCACAACCGUAACGUUGCAUUUGUAUAAAGCUACUUUGAACGGUGCAUUUUCGUUCGCGGCGAUACCCCGGGUAUCGGGUAGAGCUGUUAUAUUCGUUACCGAAUACGUUUAAUCGCUAGGUAUCAAUCGAUCUCCUCGUUCCCACCCUCAUCUAUCCCUCUCAAUCGAAACGAGAACAAAGCGUUUCGCGGGAGACGCGCGCUGUCCGAAUCCGUGCGAGAACCAAGCGCGCAGUCCGAUCGUUCGAUUGAUUUUGCGUUUCUUUUUUCUCACCGUUUCUUCUCCGUAACGCGAAUUAGCGAAAGGUCAUUAGUGUAAUGUUUUCUGACGAUCCUGUACGCCAAAUCGAAUUGACUUGUUACAUUUGUAAAUGUUUGUAAGUACUACCGUACGUAAUAAAAUAAUCGAGUAAUAAUCAUCGAAUUGCCCUGACGACCACCGUGUGUCUGUUAUCCAAUCGAUUUUAAUUCAACCUUACGAACAACGAAUAAAGCAAAUCAUGACAUACUGCA